GGCUUUGACUGAGAGGAAGUUUGACGUAUUGAUCAGCCGAUGGAAAGAGAAGGAAUGGCGGAACUUGCUCCACUUGUGGCCAUGAACGCAGUUCACAAAGAGAGCGCCACGAUGCCCGGGGGUUCUCUGCAGGUCAAGGGCUAUGACUUCAACAAAGGAAUUGACUACCAUGCAUUGCUGCAGUCUUACCUGACCACGGGUUAUCAGGCAACCAACUUUGGCCAAGCUGUAGAACAGAUCAAUGCAAUGAUCGAGAAGAAGUUGGAGCCCUUGGAAGAAUCGGAGAAGAAUGCCAUCAACCUGAACCCAUGUCAACGGAAGCGGACGGGCUGCACCAUUUUCCUGGGAUACACCUCCAACCUCAUCAGCUCUGGGAUUCGAGAAACCAUCCGCUACCUUGUACAACACAACAUGGUUGACUGUGUGGUGACCACCGCGGGUGGCAUCGAGGAGGACUUCAUCAAGUGUCUGGCUCCAACGUUCCUGGGGGACUUCAGCCUGAAGGGUAAAGAGCUGCGAGCCAACGGGAUUAACAGGAUUGGAAAUCUUUUGGUCCCCAAUAACAACUAUUGCAAAUUCGAGGACUGGUUGAUGCCAAUUCUGGAUCAGAUGCUACUGGAGCAGAAGGAGCAGGGAGCGAAUUGGACUCCAUCAAAAAUGAUUGCUCGACUAGGGAAAGAGAUCGAUAACCCAGAGUCUGUCUACUACUGGGCUUACAAGAACAACAUCCCAGUCUUCAGCCCUGCCCUGACAGAUGGCUCCAUCGGUGACAUGAUCUACUUCCACUCUUAUAAGAACCCUGGGCUGGUGCUCGAUAUUGUUGAAGACAUCCGAGGAGUAAACAACCAGGCGGUGUACGCUAAACAGACAGGGAUGAUCAUACUGGGAGGCGGCGUGGUGAAGCAUCACAUUGCCAACGCUAAUCUCAUGAGGAACGGAGCAGACUACUCAGUGUAUGUCAACACAGGCCAGGAGUUUGAUGGCUCAGAUUCUGGAGCCAAACCGGACGAAGCCGUGUCCUGGGGUAAAAUCCGCAUGGAUGCCAAGCCCGUGAAGAUCUGUGCUGAUGCCACUCUUGUUUUCCCUCUGUUGGUCGCUGAAACAUUCGCGCCCAAGUUGAGUGCAUUUGCGUCCCGUUCAAAGAUGAUUUAACGCACUCCCCGCGUAAGCCAAGCAUGUCGUAGAAUCAGCGGCUGAUGGCACCGUCUCCUGAGGUCGAGGGGACAUUGGGAUCCUAUCUGCCACUACUGGGAAGCAGAUGUUGCCACAUUAGGAGCAUACUGCGAUUCCUAAUCUCUCAGGCUCUCAGCCAAGAACGAGUGAAAGAAGGAAGGAAGGAAGGAAGAUGUGGCAUGUGGCACCCUGAGGGAAUUCACUGUAUCCACUUUCAGCAUUUCAUCAAACUCCUUGCAGUGGUGAAUGUACGCAUUACAUUUUGUUUGACUAUUAUUUAUGCUUUUACAUACCACCAGGUCUGAGACGUUGAGUACCAGACAGCUGUGUGUGUCGGUGUGUGUGCGCACACACAGGAAAAAGGAAUCGGGAUCAGGGAGAGAACAUUAUUUUACUGAAACCUUUCAAGGGCAUUUGUAAGUUAAUUAAUAUAUAACCACUUGGGUCAGCUUCUGCGUGGAUCUUAAGGUGAUCUAAGCAGAGCUUGAGGGUCUGGAGAAACACUUUGUCCUAGUGACUGAGUGUCCUCAACACACUAAACGCGGGUGUUUUCGGGUCGAGAAGACUACUUGGGGUUGCUAGCUGGAGAAACUUGUGCAUAAUGGUUUUCUUCCAAAUAUGUAAUUUUGAGAUAUGGUUGCUGCAUGAAUAUGAAUAAAAUCAUGAUUGAGUUUAAAGACUA